UAGUUGAGCGAAAAGUGUCAAACGCAAUGGACAAAUUUAAGUUAAUCGCUGAAAUACGAAAAAGACCUGCACUAUGGGAUAAUCGAUGUGAAGAAAGAAAAUCCAAAAAAACUAUUCAAGCAGCGUGGAAAGAUGUGGCUGUCGCUAUGGGAUCAGAUGUUAAAGAUUGCAGUCGUAUCUGGAAAAAUUUACGUACUAAUAAUCGAGAUGUAGUUAAGAAGAUAGAGUUACGCAUCGAAAAAGAUAAGUUGAAUGGUACAUAUGAUCCUAACAAUGAGUAUCUAUGUCAGUGGAUUUAUUAUAAACCAAUGAGAUUUAUUAAUGACAACAAAAGUGACGAUAAUGAUUCAGACCAAGUUGCCAAAUCUCAUAAUAUGGAUGAGAACAAUAGUUUAGAUGAGCUAGAAAUGUCCAACGCCAUGGACGAAUUUAAGUUAAUCGCUGAAAUACGAAAGAGACCUGCACUGUGGGAUACUCAAAGCAAAGAACAUAAAUCCUGUUUAUCUGUGCCAGAUGUGUGGAAAGAUCUGGCUGUCAGUAUGGAAUCAGAUGUUGACACAUGCAAGCAAAUCUGGAACAAAUUAUGUCUUGAAUUUCGGGAAAGAAAGAAGCGUAUAGAGUUAUGCAUCAAAGAAGAUAAGUUGAAAGGUUUAUAUGAUCCCAAUAAUGAGUAUAUCAGUAAGUGGGCAUAUUUUAAAGACAUGCUAUUUCUGAAGGACAUUACAAGUUCACAUGUAAAUGACAGUGAUGACUCGGACCAAUUUUCCAAAUUUCAUAAUUUGAAUAAUAUAAAGGUGGAAUCUGAGGUCGAUCUAGAGCCAGAAGUUUAUUUACCCGACGAUGGAGAUGAUGAUGACAGCCAAAUGCAUAGCAUAGAAUUUUUAAGCGAACCAACUUCGCCACAAAACCUCGAGUUAGCAGAUGAUAAACCAUCGCCAGCAGGUGGGAACUACUCUAAACGAUCUAACAAUCAGGCGAAUUUAUUGGAGGUUAUUGAAGAGAAACCUGGGCUUGAUCUACUGGACGAAGACACUGUCAGUCAAAUGUAUAGCAAAGAAUCGCAUAAAAUGGACAAUAUUAAGAUGGAACCUGAGCUCGAUCUGAAGCCAGAAAUUUAUUUACCCGACGAUGAAGAUGAUGACACUGACAGUCAAGAAUUUGUAAGCAUACAAAAAUCUCCUCAAACCCAAGGGUCAGCUGAUGAUAAACCAUCGUCUACAGGUGGGAAGUAUACUAAAAGAUCUUACGACCAGGCGAAGUUGAAAGAUCUCGAAGAAAAGGAGCACAACUUAAUUAAAUCCGCCCGUUUGGAUGGAAAAACAUCCAAUGAUAUGAUUCAUGUCGGUGAUUCCGACUAUAAGUUCUUGGUCAGUCUUUUGCCGCAAAUGAAAAAGUUGACUGAGUCGCAAAACAUAAAAUUUCGUGUAAAAAUGUCCGAUGAGAUGUUCAAUAUUACAUCUGAUUAAUGGAAAUUCAAUGGAAAUUUUUUAACAAUAAAUAUUUUUUUUUUUUAAAUAAAAUAAA